CAAACACCGCCAAAUAAUAUGGCCGAGCAUGUGUUGGUACUUGGUACUCUCUGUACAAGUGCACAUAGUCUUGCACACCAGCUAGUUCAUCAAUCACCUCCCAACCAAAUAUCCAUCGAUCUAUCCCUGAAAUGGCUGGAGAGAAAAACGAAGUGAAGCUGCUGGGGAUGUGGGCGAGCCCGUACAUAGCGAGGGUGAAGCUGGCGCUUAACCUCAAGGGCGUGAGCUAUGAGUACAUGGAGGAGGACCUCGCCAACAAGAGCGAGUUGCUCCUCUGCUCGAACCCCGUCCACAAGGUGGUGCCCGUCCUCAUCCACGACGGCAAGCCCAUCUGUGAGUCCCAGGUCAUCGUCCAGUACAUCGACGAGGCCUUCCAUGCCGCGGCCAAGGCCCUCCUUCCCGCCGACCCUUACGAGCGCGCCGUUGCCCGCUUCUGGGCCGCCUACAUCGACGACAAGGUGUUGGGGCCAUGGGAAAUGGUCUUGAAGGCGAAGACGGGCAAGGAGAGGGCGGUCUGGGCGAGGCGGACGUUUGAAGCGGUGGAUGUGCUGGAGGAGGGCCUCAUGAAGUGCUGCAAGGGCAAGGGGUUGUUUGGCGGGGACGACAUCGGCUACCUCGAUGUCCUGCUCGGGGGCAUGGUCCCGUGGCUGUACGCGACCGAGAAGAUCUCUGGUCACAACUUCUUCGACGCCAGCAAGGUCCCGCUGCUGGCGUCAUGGAUGGAGCGUUUUACCCAUCUUGACGCUGCCAAGGCGGUGUUCCAGGAGCAGGACGUCGACAGCCUGGUUGAAUUCGCUCGGUCGGUACUCUUGACCGGUGCUGCAACCAGCUCAUAAUUCAUCCAGCCGGUAGGCAUGGCGACCUGCUCCGUUGGGUGGUUGAUGCAAGGAUGACUAGCUGCAUGGAACUACCGUGUGGAUACUCGUGCAUUUUGUUAUAAUUAAAAAAUGAGAAGGGUGCAUAAAUAUCAAGUA